UGUGGUGGGAAAUCAACACCGUUUUAACAGUUGGUAUUGAAAGUGCCUACUGGACGAAACAGAUUGCUUUAGCAACAGAAAUGAUUUUCACCGGAAAAAACAUUCUCACUUGGGUUGGUGGUCUCUGAAAAUUUUGGAUAUUCAAUUCUUUUUGCAAACCACGAUCAUUCCUAAUGUAGCCUGAUAGUGUUUCGUCAUCGUUCAUAAUAUUCAGACCACGAACCAAAGUUUAGUUAAGACAGAUGUUUCCACAUAUUAUAAGUGUUGUUGUAAAGAAGCUACUCGUAUUUCUUUCUACUCGAAACAGUGUUGUCAAGAUAUACGAGCAACAAAAUGGAGAUACAUAAACGAAGCACACGACAUAUGGAGACAUCCGUCCAGCUUUGUACCAUGUGGCCAGCAAACAAGUCCGCACCUUUAGGCGCGCUGUGACUGCCUGCUGGUAGGGAAGGAAUGCUGGAGAAGCGGCGGUAUGGGGCGGGACUCCCCACGUCUCCGCUGCUGGCUGCCAUCUUCACAGCGGUGGUUUGCCUGUUCCUGUGGUACCUGUCAAGCUGUCCCGAACAUCUGGCCGUCCAGCUCGUCGCCCCGAGCUACCUCCUGCUGUUACCCGGCAACGUCACAUCCCUACCGCCGCCUUACCCCAUGCACAAGCUGGCACCCGACGACCGCGCCACCCUGAUCGACGUGAAGGACUUCGCCUUCCAGUUGAACAACUACCCGUGUAACGGGUCGAACUCGCUGUUGUUGCUGGUACUCGUGCACUCGGCGCCGGGAAACGUUGACAAACGCCGGACGAUUCGCGAGACCUGGGGACGCGGGGCUCACCGCGUGCUGUUCCUAUUGGGUGCCGUGCAGUCGCCCGCCGAUCAGGCCGCCCUCGAGGAGGAAAACCGAACGCACCGCGACCUCGUGCAAGGACGAUUCCUCGACUCCUACCGCAACAUGACGUACAAGCAUGUGAUGGCGCUCAAGUGGACAGCGUACUAUUGCCCCGGCGCCCGCUACCUGCUCAAGACGGACGAUGACGUGUUCGUGAACACCCCCGCGCUACUCGACUUUCUGGCACAGGACCUGUCGCCGUGGGGCGCUCGCCGCCUCAUACUGUGCGAGCCGUUCUCCUCCGCCUACGUGAAGCGCUCGUAUCGGUCGAAAUGGCGGGUGUCGCCCCUGGAGUACCCCGGGCGCAUGUACCCAGCCUAUUGUGCGGGCUGGGCCGUGCUGUACUCCCCCGACGUUGUAUUCUUGCUUUACCGCGAGGCACAGCGCACGGAGUAUUUCUGGAUCGACGAUGUUCACGUUACAGGCACCCUAGUGGCACGUGCCAACCUGACUCAGACCCCGCUCGGUUCCCUGGUGCUGUCUUCUCACCAGGUCCAGGCCCUGGUAGGAUCCAGGAGUAACGGUUCAGAUGUCGGUGUGUUCCUCUUUGGAUCACCGAACCUUUCGCUCAGCGACAUCCAUCGCCUGUGGCAGCUCGUGCAGGAGAGGAGGGCCGUCUCCUGACGGACGCCCUUGCAGGAACUCCCCCAAGUGCCUUCUCUUUAGUCAGAGACAUAUUUUUCUCGUUUGUUUGCGAUAUAGGUGGAGGAAGGCUAGUGAAAUUUUUACAAAAUAUGGCUUACGCUUAAAUAGCUAUGUACUUAAAAAAAAGAAUUGAAAUCGAUAUAAUUUCUGGCUUUUGUACGGGUUCGUGGCAAGUGAAAGUUUAUUUAUAAAGAAGUCUAUUAUGAUUGUCUACAGCAAGAACAUCGUGAUAAAGAAAUAUAUACAUAUAUAAAAUAUAUACAUAUAUUAUAAGUAUUUUCGUAAGGAGUGGAUUCUCAGACAAAUUGUAGUGUUGUUGCCGGUCUACUGGGUCAGCACGUGUAUAAUUUAUUUUAACUUUGGAACGAUAUUUUUUCAGAGCGAAUGUCUUGUGUGUCAGCUCAACUCUCAGUGGAGAUCAGGCCCUAAAUCCAUGUGCUUACUUCCCAUUGCCAGGGUGACUGUGAGGUUCCCUUCUGUAUAUUACCCUCUUGACUCUUGUGCACUCUGUUGCAAGAUGGCAGCAUCCUUCUUGUAACCCAGAAGACGGAAAUCUUCAUACUCAUCGCCCUGAUGACGG